AUGGAAGCCGGUUCAGAGCAAUCGUUGACAGAAACAGCUGCGCGUUGGAUUUGGAGCUUGCCGGAAGAAGACUGUUUAACUCGGCUCAUCAAAAAACACAAGAAAAGGGUUGAAGACGGUGAAGUUCCCAAGGGCAGUCUAUUCGAAGAGGUAUCCAUCGAACUCAAUGGACUAGGAUUUGACAUACAAAGAACUGGUGUUGCAUGUGAGCAAAAAUGGCGUCGAAUCUGCAACAAAAAGUCGAUGCUGCAGGCCGCCAAUGCAUGGCAGGAUGACCAAGAUCUAGAUGCUGACUUCGAUGCCGAACAUUCUACUGCAGAUGAGAAUAAAGCUGAUGGAGAGUCUAACAACACGGCCAAUGGACAUCGAAAGAGGGGUAACAAGACAUGGACCGAAGAUGAAUCAAGAAUUCUUUAUGAGGAAAUCAAAACCCGUCAUGAAUUGAACAUCCGAUUAAAGUUACCAAAGUUUUCUGCAACUCAGCUUUUCAAUCACGCAUCUGACUUACUCAAAGUACAAGGUUAUUUCAGAACCCCCCCGGCUUGUUCUGAGUAUUGGCGUGUCACUGGUCGCGAGUUGUGGAAUUAUGACGAGCGAAAUGUUGGCGAUUCUACGAUACUUGAUGCUCGCGAUGCAAAGUGUGCUGAGCCCUCUUCCAGCAUCAAUGAUAGAGCAUUAGGGGAGACCAAGAAUUCAAGAGGUGUCCUCUCUAAAAGUCAAACAAGUGCACUAAGUCGAUUAGCCACAGAAUCACUCAAUCCAUCCAAGGAACAACAGCAGAAACUUGCGAAAGAUCAUGGCAUCAGUAUUUUCCAAAUUUCUACCUAUUUCGCAAAUAAGAGAUCCACUCGAAAGAAGGAAAUGGCAAAAAAAGCAUCAGACCAGGAGAAUUCCAAGCGGAAGCAGUCUGUAAAGCUAGAAGCGGAACUUGCUGGUAGCAACGAUUCGAUUGUUGCUCAAGCCGAUGAUGUUUUGAGGGAUACAAAGAAGCGCAGACUCUCGAGUUCCUCCCAGAUGGUAUCAACAGAGUUUAUUGGAUCGAAUGCCCCUAUCGAAAUCAAUAGUUCACCUAUGCGCCCCACAAGCACUAUGGAAGAUACAGCGAGUUCAGACGACGAGGCUGGAUUCAAAAAAAUGCAAGAAAUGGUGCUUGUUCAGCGUCGCAGAAUCGAGGAAAGAAUUGUAGCAUCGAUCGAUAGACGAAAGCAACUGGAGUUAGAAACAAUUAGACAUCAGACCAAGGCGGAUAUGGAGCGAGAAGCGGCGGAGGGAACACAGAAAAAGGUCGACGAGGAACUCAAGGUCGAAGCUCGAUUGAGGAUGAGACUCAAUCAAAUCGGAAGCUUGUAG